AUGGAGGGGCAUGCCCCCUUGCAGCCUCGGGGUGAUACCCACAAACCGCAACGGUGGAAGCCGGCCGGUAAACGUGCCAUAGAGGAAAGGGCUCGAAGGUGGAAGGCAUUCGUUCUCACACGAGGGCAUGUCCGAUGGCUACAAUAUAAGAAAGCGAGAAACUAUACUAGCAAGCUAGUAAACCAGGCGAAAAUGGUUUUCGAGGUGAAAAUCGCCAAAAGAGCGUGCCAGGAACCCAAGAGGUACUAUAGCUAUGUGCAACUCAAGACUGCACUAAGGCAAUCGGUAGGUACCUUGGAGAACCCCAAAGGUGGGCUGUCUGUCUCAUAUUAUGAAAAAUGUGAGACGCUCAAGGGGUAUUUUGAAACCGUUUAUAAAAUAGACGACGGGCGUGCGGUCCCACGAGAGUGCUUAGACACCCCUCCAAUGGGCGAUGUGGAAGUCUCAGCAAGUUGUGUUCUCACGGUUUUGGAGAACUUGAAUGUGAACAAGUCUGCCGGCAGCGACGGGCUACAUCCAGCCGUCAUCAGGCCACUGGCUCAAGUGCUCGCCUCCGCGAUAACCGCAUUCUAUCAGGAGUCCCUUAGGGCUGGGUACGGACGCGCCAAGGGAGACAGUUUGAAACGAAGAAAUCGGCUGUGGUCAAACGGUCGACAAGAAGUCGNCUGGAGCAAGAAUCUGGACGCUCGAUAG